AUGUCUAAAAUUACGGAACGCACACCAGCACUGUCAAUUGAUAAAAGUAAAAUACGUAUACCCCCAAAUAUCAUUUUAGCGGAUCCCGAUUUCGAACAAUCACGCGAAGUAGACUUACUUAUCGGUGCUGAAAUAUUUUGGAGCCUUUUGAUUGGUAGUCCAACUCGGUUCAAACCGAAUCAACCAUUUUUACAAGAAACUAUUUUUGGGCAUAUAGUCAGCGGGAAGGUUUCUACAGUUGAAAAUCGCAACCAAAAUUUAUCCUGUAAUAUUUUAUCAUUAUCUGCCGAUUUACAACUAAAUGAACAGGUAGCAAAUUUUUGGCAACAAGAAAGUGUCGAUGAACCCAACUUCGGCGAAUCGUGUAUAGUGCUCCAACUGCUGCGGUCGCAAACCGUCAAGGAACCAACUGUCUACACUACACAGGGCCGUAUGCGCCCUGCCAUAAAAACGAAGUCAGAGUUGGACCACUAUACAAUAGAAUCUCAUUUCCUUGAAAAUACCCAUCGGGAUGUACAGGGCAAAUUUAUGGUAAGGCUGCCAUUCAAAGACCAGGCUACUUUGGGUCAUUCGCGCGGAUUAGCACUCAAACAAUUUUACAGUCUUGAAAGACGCCUGGCAAGGAAUCCUUUACUCAAGUUAAAUUACCAAAAUUUUAUGAGGGAGUAUUUAGCGUUAAACCACAUGGAACUUGUCCCAACGAAAGAAUUAGGAAUUCCCAAAACCUUCUACCUGCCCCAUCAUCCGGUCUUUAAACAAACACAGGAUGGUCCCCAAAUAAGAGUGGUAUUCAAUGCGUCCAUAAAAUCCUACAAUAACUUAAGCUUAAAUGAUGUUUUAAUGACGGGCCCUACAAUACAAGGGGACUUGUUUUCACUCCUUUGUCGGUUUCGAACUUACCAGUACGUCCUUUCCGGGGACAUAACAAAAAUGUAUAGAAUGAUACUUGUUGACGAACAGGACACAAAUUAUCAAAGGAUAUUUUGGAGAAUUAGUAACGAUGAACCAGUUCAAACAUUUAUGUUGAAAACGUUAACAUACGGUACAACCUGUGCACCAUAUUUAGCAGUACGUUGUCUGCAACAGCUAGCGGCGGAAGCCCAAAAUACUUAUCCUUUAGCCAGCGAAAUAAUAAAUCGGGAUUUUUAUAUGGACGACCUUCUAACAGGCAGUAAUUCAGUAGAGCAAAUCGUUCUAAUCAGGGAUCAACUUUCACAGAUUUUAAUAAAGGGGGGAUUUAAGCUUUGUAAAUGGGCGUCAAAUAUACCGGCCGAAUCAGUUGUGGCUGAAUCGGAACCCUUAACAUCAGUUAGUUGGAAUAAAGAAAGCGAAGUUAAGGUUUUAGGAUUUUUCUGGCAUUGUCAAAAUGACGAAUUAAGAUAUCAAGUCAACAUUCCACUAAUUGAAUCUGAACAAAUUUCAAAACGGCACAUAUUGUCAAGCGUGGCCAAAAUAUUUGAUCCUUUAGGGCUAGUUAAUCCAGUAAUUGUAAAGGCCAAAAUUCUGCUACAGGGUUUAUGGAAAUUAAAAUUGAAUUGGGACGAACCGGUACCGCCCACAUUUCAAAAUGCUUGGACAAAAUUCGUUAACGAGCUGAAGGAUCUAAGGAAUUAUAACAUAACACGCAAAUUAAUAAUCUCCUAUCCCUAUAUGGCUGUUGAAAUCCACGGUUUUUCGGAUGCUUCAACAAAGGCAUAUGGCGCAGCCAUUUAUAUAAGGGUUAUAUAUCAAUCAGGUGACGUUUCAGUUAGGUUGGCAUGUGCAAAAUCUCGCGUCGCACCAUUAAACACAGUGACUUUACCUCGUUUAGAACUAAACGCCGCGGUAUUAUUAAUUAAAUUGUUUAUCAAGGUAAAUAGCAUUUUGAAUCUAAACGUAGAUCGUAGAUAUUUCUGGACUGACUCUACCAUUGUCCUCGCAUGGCUAGCAGAAUCUCCAAAUAAUUGGAAACCAUAUGUUGCCAACAGAGUAGCGUACGUGAAAAAACAUAGUUUAAUCGCAGAAUGGCAUCAUGUUUGUUCUAAGGAUAACCCCGCCGAUAUGGUUUCUAGGGGUCUACUUCCACGGCAAUUAAAUCAAUCUACUUUGUGGUGGCACGGGCCGACUUGGCUACGCCAAACAUCAAAUAAUUGGCCUAGUCUUUCAGAUAACGAAUACGAAGAAGUUGCGCUUAACACAGAAAGGAAGUCGUUAGUUACUAUUAAUGUCGUUAAUAUAGAUCCAGAGCAGCAAACUAAAAUCAAAGGCGCAUUGUCGGUAGAAGAAUUAAACGAGGCUCAAACAAUAAUAUUUAAACAUAUUCAGGUACGAGCUUUUCCUGAAUAUUUCACCGGUAAUCCCAUUAAGGCUAAACAGUAUAAGCUGUCAAAACUUGAUCCUUUUGUGGACAGCAACGGGUUUUUAAGAGUAGGGGGACGUUUAAAAAAUGCCCCAAUUUCAUUUGAUAAAAGGUUCCCAAUACUUCUGCCGCGUAAUCAUCACGUAUCAAAAACAAUAAUAAGACAUAUGCAUGAGCGGGAAUUGCACGCAGGUACCAGCGGGACAGUGACAGCGGUACGACAAAAAUUCUGGCCAUUGGGGGCUAGGGAUACCACUAAGAAAAUAAUUCACCAUUGUACGAAAUGCAGUCGCGUCAAUCCCAAGCCAUUUACUCAGAAAAUGGGCAAUCUGCUUAGGCAAAGAGUACAAUUAACGCGCCCAUUUCAUGUGUCGGGCGUUGAUUACGCCGGACCCUUUUUGAUAAAGGAAGGUCAAACUCGCAACGCCAAAGAGGUUAAGGCAUACAUCGCUCUAUUUAUAUGCUUCAGUACCAAGCCAGUACAUUUGGAGCUGGUAGGAGAUCUAACUAGCGAGGGUUUUUUAGCGGCCUUAAAACGGUUUACUUCGCGGCGAGGAGCCGAGCGGCAGCUCUUUCGUGCCCAAGCCUUCCAAAACAAAAUAACCGAGCGAUUGACCUGCCAAAACAUAAAAUUUCAUUUUAUUCUUCCGCGGUCCCCACAUUUCGGAGGUUUGUGGGAGAGAGCGGUCAGAAGUGUUAAACAGCAUUUGCAAAGGGUAGUAGGUGACACUAACUUAAAUUACGAGGAAUUUUACACGGUUUUAACAGCAAUCGAAGCUUGUUUGAAUUCACGACCUAUCACACCCAUAUCCUGUGACCCUAACGAUCUCAACGCCUUAACGCCGGGUCAUUUUUUAAUUGGGGCACCCAUUACGGCCCAUGCUGAGGAAGACCUCACAGUGAUCCCAAGCAACCGAUUAUCUCGAUGGAGAAGAGUUCAACAGCUACAGCAACAUUUUUGGAAGCGUAAGGAAUAUCUAUCGCAGCUACAAUGCCGACCAAAGGGUCAGCGGGGUCCAGCAACAGCCAUCGACGUCGGCACAUUGGUGGUGCUAAUGGAGGAAAAUCUACCGCCCAUGCAAUGGAAACUGGGACGAAUUGCAGAACUUCAUCCUGGUGAAGAUAGUGUGGUGCGCGUAGUGACCGUAAAAACCGCGAAUGGCCUGUUUAAGCGAUCUGUGAAAAAGAGAAUUUCUUCUCAUGCGUCAGGGGUCAGAGUGGGUGUUCGACAAAGCCUGUCGGCUUUUAUCGGCACCUUGAAGUCUCUGGUCGUAAAUAAUUUUUUUGCCAGACCUUUACCAACUGCGAAGAAGAUUCCCAUGAAGUACAUCCUUACCACCCUAUCUCUUUCGAAUAAGAAGAACAAGGACAGAAAUAUCAACAUUACUUAUGUUGCUGGAUAUCUUGUACGAGUGUGUCUCAAAGAGACACAUAAUUGCAAAGACUGUUUGGCCUCACUGACUCCUCGUGAUAGUCCAGGCGGAAUGGAAUUCAUUGAAGCUAAGCAGUAUACCAACGCAUAA